AGUCGUUUGACGUCACCUCAUCCUCGGGCACGGGCCGCUGAGCUUGGCCUGGCCUGGGUACUAUAACAUUGAUUGCCAAUGGAGUGCUUACAUAUUGUUUAGAACAUGGAAGAUCCAGGAUUCAUAGAGAAAAGUCCCCCUGAGCCGUUCCAUACACCAAGUGACGAGACCAAUAAUGACAACCCUCUUGGGAGCUUGGAUAACAAUGACAUAAUGAAUUGUGAGAACAGUGAGGCUGGAUCUUCUGCUGGGCCAGAAGUGCCUCCACUGGUUUUUGCAGGUGACCGAGGGGAAACACCUAAUCUGGAAAACGAAAGUGAUACAGUCAUAUUGGAAGGAGAAGGUGGUAUAGGUAAUACAAAUCAGAGUAACAAUGGAGAAUCAAUAUUGGUGCCAGACAAAAUGGCAGAUCGUUUAGAAACAUCAAGAGAUGCCGAAACAAUUUCUACAGAUGUGUCAUGUCCCGAAAUAUCUGUUGGAGAAACUGAUUUACAUAGAGGCAAUUCAGAAAGCAAUAUAUGUGAAAAUGACAGACUCGGAGGGGAUGAAACGUCUAUACAGUACUCAGAAUCCGAUGGAACAGAUCAUGAAGAGACUAAUCACACUGAUAAUAACAAUACAAACUGCAAUGGAAUUAUGGAUGGUGUUGCAAGUGUUGAAGGGAGGAAUGAACCAACCAAGACGUCAGACCUUGAAAGUGAACAGAAUGUAAAUCCUCAGCCAAAGAGUUUGUUGCAAUCCAGUUCUGUUUUCAAUGAACGAAUUAGUAGUGAUGGCGGGAGUGUAGAAAUAGCAGAAGAGGCAGAAGAGGAGUGUAGUGUCAAUGAUAACAUUGGUGACAGGAUAAGUCCUCCUCUGGAUGAUGGCAAUAACUCGGAAAACAAUAUCCAACAUUCCAAAGAAGUCUCAACAUCUUCCUCUUUAACUGUAGAAACUAAAGAUACACUUGAAUCUUUGCCAGCAGUUGAAAGCUCCGUUCUUGUUUCCCACCCGAACGACUCUCAGUCUACACUGAUACCGACUAAUGAAGAACCAGCUCUGAACCGUCCUAGCUUUGAUAGCAAUGGGGACAAUGCAAAGUCAGUUUUGCCCAAUGGCUCAGAACUCACACAGAGCAAUGUCAAGACUGCUGCCGAUGUUGAGGAUGAUUUGCUUUCAGAGUUGGCUGCUGAGCUAGAUGAAGUUGUUCCAGAGCAGAAAGUUUGUGAUGUUGCGGUUUCCGAAGAUCUUCCAAGUAGUGAGAUGGAGAGUAGUACUCAGGGAGAUGGGGAUUCUUUUGAUGUGGGCGAUGACAUCAUGAAGAUGAGGAGACUUGUUGGAGAGUGGAAGAAGAAGUACUGUCAUGCUGAAGCAAAGUUGCAAAGCCUCCAAGCUACUGCUACUGCUAAAGCUCAUCAAGAUGAUGUUAUCAAAGAGGAACGUGCAAAGGUGGCAGAGGAAAUCAAGAAGGAGACGGAAGCAGUAAGGAAAGUACAUCUUCUCCGGAUACAAGAGCUUGAGAAAGAAGUAGAACAGAGGAAGAAAGAGAAUGCUGCUGCAAGGGAUCGUCAGAUAUCACAUGACACAGCAGCUAAGAAAGCUAUCAACAAAUUACAACAUGAGAUGAUUCAAAGAGUUGACCAGGUGAAGCGUAUGUACGAGGAUGCUGUCAAGGAGAAAGAGAAUAUGGUCAUCCGCUAUGCCAAGAGUGAGAAAGAAAAUCUUGAUUUGAAGAAAGCUAAAGAAGAAGUAGAGAAGAAGAGGAGAGAUGCCGGUCAGGGGUUAGAGGUCAUAGCAUCUCAUAAUAAACAACUCAAAGCAGAAAGGACCAAACUUAUAGGAGAUUUGGAUAACAAGGACAUGGAGAUUGCCAAGUUGCAGAAGGAGAAGGAAGAGAUGCAGGAUGACGUAUCAUCAGUUGGUAUCAAGGUCAAAUGGGCUCAGAAUAAACUCAAAACUGAACUAGAAAGCCAUAAGGAAACCAAGUUGAAGCUGACUAAGACAGAGCAGAGACUGCAGGAAGCGAAGGAAGAGACAGAACAAAUCAGAAAAAAUUGUCAAGAAAUGAUUCGUACAUACCAGGAAUCUGAGGAGAUCCGAUCUAAUUCGCUUGAUAUACAACUCAAGGAGAAGGAAGAAGAACUCAAAUUACAUUUUCAAGAAAAAGAGGAUCACAUGGAGUUGCAUAAUACACGUUUAAAAGAACUGACUGCGCUGAAGAAGGCACAUCAUGAUACUUUAGCAGAAUUGGACUCGUUAAAAGUCAAGGCUACCUGUCUUGAAGAUGAGAGACAGCACACUGAGAGUUUACUAGCUCAGUUCAAAGGUUUACUCAACUCACAGAAAGAAGAGAAUAGGAAGCUUACCAGGCAGAUGGAUGAACUCAAAUCACUCAAGAGACAACUAGAUGAAUCCAAGGAGAAUGUUGAAGUGCUGGAGAAGACGAUUGCCUCCAGGAAAGAAGAUGAGAAGGACCUGGAGUCAGAGCUUGGGAGGAGUAGAGAGAAGGAAUCUGAGCUCCUGCAGUUUACAGAGAGAAUGACAGCAAAGAAUGCAGCUCUUCAUUCUGAUAAUAAUCUACUUAGUGCUAAGGUUGAUAAGCUGAGUGAAGAAUGCAGAAAGUUAACAUCACAGUUAGAAGAAUCAAAUUCACAGAACUCUCAGCUGACUGCUGACCUAAAUCAAGAGAAGCAGUAUCGUGAGAGAGAGGCCGCUCUCCUAUCGGCUCGGCUCAGUGAGAAGACCAAAACGCUAGAUCAGGUCAAAGUUCAACUAGAUGAUGCCAAAGAUGAGAUGAAGACACUCAAGAGAAAGAAUGCUGCUAAUCUCAAGGACCUUACUCGUCAGCUGCAUCUUGCUAAGAAGAGGAUAGAAUCCCUUGAGAGUGAUGGUAGUGGUGCUCCUGUCAACAAAGACACCUUCAGCUCCGAGUCUAGGACCAGCUCCACAGGAUCCCUGGAUACCUUGGGAAACAGCGCCCUCAAUGGUGGUACUGUGAACAUCUCAUCGGGCAGCAGCGGUGGAGGUAGUGUCGGUAGACAGGAAGACUCUCCUCAAUCAAGCCAGGACCACACAGUAGCGAUAGCAGGGGGUAAUGACUUCCCUGGUAUUGACAAGGCCAUGCUGGUAGAUAGGAUUGUCAGGCUUCAGAAACAGAUGCAGAGGAAAGCAGAGAAAAUUGAAUUUCUUCAGGAACACAAUAGCCAGCUCAUUGAAGAAUUACAGAAGAAAUCGAAGAUCAUUCAACAGUACAUUAUGAGGGAGGAGGCAGGUGCUCUCGUACCAGCCGUUAGUGAUGCAAACAAACAAAAACUUGUGCGGAAAACCAUGGCACAAAUGUCCAAACAGAGUGGGAUUAUGGCCUCUGUAUACCGGUCACAUUCAGUUGACCCCAACAUGACCCUUGACCUUUCACUAGAGAUCAAUCGCAAACUUCAAGCAGUACUAGAGGACACCCUCCUCAAAAAUAUCACACUCAAGGAAAAUAUUGACACCUUAGGCCAAGAGAUAGCAAGACUAUCUGAGGAAGCACAGUUCACCUCAAGGAAGCGACAAAACAAUAGUCGGAUAAAAUGAUUAUGAUUUCUUUCUUCAAAUGUAAAGAAAUAGCGGCUAGUGA